AUAUGAUAUGAGAAAUAUAAUCAAUAGUAGUUCAAUUGGUUGAUAAUGUUUAUUUGUUUGUAUUUUUUUAUUGCCUCUUUCAAGACAGUCACACCAGCUAUAUGGAACAGGAAAAUCACACACAGUUUUCAGGAUUUCUUCUCCUCGGACUAUCAGAUGAGGCAGAGUUGCAGCCUCUCCUCUUUUGGCUUUUCCUCUCCAUGUACCUGAUAACUAUUGCUGGAAACCUGCUCAUCAUUCUGACCACCAUCUAUGACUCCCACCUCCACACACCCAUGUACUUCUUCCUCUCCAAUUUUUCUUUUUCAGACAUCUGUUUCACCUCUACCACCAUCCCAAAGAUGCUGCUGAACCUCUACAUCCAGAAUAAAGGCAUCACCUAUGAAGGCUGCCUCACCCAGCUGUAUUUUUUCAUCCUUUUUGCAGAACUGGACAUUUUCCUCCUCUCUGCGAUGGCCUAUGACCGGUUCGUAGCAAUCUGCCAUCCACUGCGCUACACAACCAAGAUGACCCCCCAGCUCUGUGGCUUGCUGUUGCUGGCAUCUUGGAUAUUGAGUGUCCUGGACUCUUUGCUACGCAGUUUGCUGGUGUUGUGGCUGUCCUUUUGUACUGACUUGGAGAUCCCCCAUUUCUUCUGUGAAAUCAAUCAGGUUAUCCAACUUGCCUGUUCUGAUAAUCUUCUCAGUAUCAUAGAGAUGUAUUUUGCCACUGUGCUUAUGGGCAUUAUUCCCCUCUCUGGCAUUGUUGUUUCUUAUUCUCGGAUUGUCUCCUCCAUACUGAGGAUUACAUCAGCAAGGGGGAAGUGCAAGGCAUUUUCCACCUGUGGGUCUCAUCUUUCAGUUGUUUGCUUGUUUUAUGGCACAGGUCUUGGGGUGUACCUCAGUUCUGCCACUACCCAAAAUUCCAGAACCAGCGCAAUAGCCUCUGUGAUGUACACUGUGGUCACGCCAAUGCUGAAUCCAUUUAUUUACUCUCUGAGGAACAAGGACAUAAAGGGGGCUCUGAAAAGUCUUGUCACCACUCUCGCUUUCAAUGAGUGACAGGAGUGUUUACCUUGGGGCUAGAGAAGUUUUCAUAAGUAGCCAAGAAGAAGAUUGGCAUCCAAAAAGCCUGAUAUUUUUGCUGUCUUCAGAUGUCUUUUUUUUCCUUUUUAUUUACCCCAUGUCCCUUAAAUCAAUGAUACCACAUGUUUUAUUUUCUAACAUUGCUUUUUUUUAACAUUGC